GGCACCGGACAUGUUUUGUUUUGUAACAGAUUUAUACGACGAAAGUUUCAGAUCAACACAGAUUCGUCGUUAUCGUAGUUUUCACUUAAAGAUACAAGAAUGGCUGAAAAAAAUAACAAGAACGAUUCAGAUAUUACAAAGAACAAUUUAUCGAGACAAAUUGUUCAUUCAAUUAACUCAAGCAUCAUUACAUCUAGACAAACUGACGAUUCCGAAAUGAAAAUGAUCAAUGCAUCAGACCCAACUAAGAACAUUAAUACCGGGUUCAAGGAUUUAAAGAUCGAAGAUUGUUUUGAUAAAAAGAUACAGUCGUUUCCAAGCGUGUCGGAAGUUACGUCAUCGCCAUCAGAAGGGGCAACCAAUGAGCAACCAAGCGCAUCGCAAGCUACGUCAUCGUUAAAAGAUAUGCAAAUUAACCCACAAGGUGGUGGAGUGACGUCACGAAAACCAACGCUUGAAGAUAUUUUUGCUCAAGAUUAUGCUACCGUUGGUCAACUACUGCAAGAAAAAAAAUACGACGAAGCCUAUGGCGUAUCCAGGCAACAAAUAAGGCUCGACCCAGCUGUCAGUGGGUCUAAGGAUCUGGUCAACCAUUACCGAUGUUGUAUGUUGGCUGGAGAGGCGGAAGAAGCGAUUCGAACAAGAAACCAACUGAAGAGUUUGUUUAAAGAGAAAUUCCAAACCACGCCGAAUAAAAUCAAAACAUUUGCUGACACUAUCAGGGGUGAAGGGAAAGACAUGGAAGCGAAUUUAUUUUCCGAAAUUGCUGAUGAUUUUAUGAAACCAGGAUCACAUGGUGGAGUGACGUCACUAAAACCAACACUUAAAGAUAUUUUUCCAGAGUCUGAUGCCGUCGGUCAACUAGUGCAAGAGAAAAUGUACGGUCAAGCUUUUGGCGUAUCCAGGAGACAAAUAAAGCUCGACCCAGCUGUCAUUGGGUCUAAGGAUCUGGUCAACCAUUACCGAUGUUGUAUGUUGGCUGAAGAGACGGAAGAAGCGAUUCGAACCAAAGAUAAACUGAAGGCAUUAAUAAAAGAGAAAUCCCAAACCACGCCGAAUGAAAUCGAAAACUUUGCUGACACUAUCAGGGGUGAAGGAAGAGACAUGGAAGCGAUUUUGAUUUAUCAAAUCGCUGCAGAGUUUUAUGGAAAUCAAUCGUUAGAAGGUUUGGUCGGGAUAGCGGAUUGCGUAAAGGGGGUCUAUGAAUCUACCGAGGUAAUGUUAUCACGUGACAAAGGAUUGAAACCGAUCGUUCGAACCCACGUGAUUUCACUGAUGCGUGACAUGCGAGAAAUGAUUCGACGAUCUGAUGACGUCAGUGAGGAAGGUCGGUGUUUUCUGGAAGUUAAGUUGUUUGCAUUAUAUCGAAUUGAGUGAGGAUUUGGUUGGAGACUUGGAUGGUAAAGAAUCAACAUGUAAGGAAGUGAUCGAUAUUAUGGAAAGUGUUUUCAAGGAGAGAGCUGGAAAGUAUCAUGUUUACGGAGCUAGUUUGAACAAUCUCGGUGUCACGUAUUACAACACUUCCCGACCCAACGAUGCCUACCAGUAUUAUCGCAAAGCUUUUGCAGCUUGUAGGAAAGCUGAGGAUAUCAACGAUGAUGAAAGAGCUGAAUAUAUUGCCAGCAUAAAAAAAAGGCUGGAAAAUGCGAAACGUCAAAUGGAAUAACUUCACAAUUGUUCUUUCGCCUAUAAUUACUUGACAAUGGAUAUUGUUACGUCACCAACAAAUGAUAAUAUGUUGUAUAUAGUGUAUAUGACGUCACAAUCGAUAUCAUUGUUUUUGCCGCUUAAUGUUCUUGUGACGUUUCUUAAUUGUUUGUUUUGCAUAAAAUAUCGUGUAUAUAUGACAUGUAUAGCACCUGGUAAUAUUAACAAGCAAAAAUAAAUACAAUAAACUUAUCAACCUAUAA